GUUAGGUUAGCGCGAGGCGUGACCUAGUUGACAGGCUCUGAGGUGCUUCUGUGGCAGCGGCCGCUGGGCUGAGGCGGGUGGGAGCCGGAGCUGAGAGCAGGCUGAGGGAGGAGGGCGGCGACUGCAGAGCGACGAGUAGCGCGGGACGCGAAACCUCUUUCACUUUUUCCCUCCCGAGUGCCCCCUCCCACCCCUCCCACUCCACACACACCCUGUUUGCCUGUGAGCCUGGGGAACUUGCAGCUUAAAGCCAGCCACCCCCACGGCAACAUGUAUCCCAGCAACAAGAAGAAAAAGGUGUGGAGAGAGGAGAAAGAACGUUUACUGAAGAUGACCUUAGAGGAGAGACGUAAAGAAUACCUAAGGGACUUUGUUCCCCUGAACACCGUUCUGUCAUGGAAGGAGGAGAUGAAGGGCAAGAACCAAAAUAAUGAGGAAAAUACUCAGGAAAUAUCAGAGGUGAAGAAAAGUUUGAGUGAAAAAGUUUCUCUCUAUAGAGGUGACAUCACAUUGCUAGAGGUAGAUGCUAUAGUCAAUGCGGCAAAUGCCAGUCUUCUUGGAGGAGGAGGUGUGGACGGCUGUAUUCAUAGGGCAGCUGGCCCCUGUUUGCUAGCUGAAUGUCGUAACCUGAAUGGCUGUGACACUGGGCAUGCAAAAAUCACAUGUGGCUAUGACCUACCUGCAAAAUAUGUCAUUCACACCGUAGGGCCCAUAGCCAGAGGCCAUAUUAAUAGUUCCCACAAGGAAGACCUUGCAAAUUGCUAUAAAUCAUCUCUCAAGCUGGUGAAAGAAAAUAACAUCCGCUCAGUUGCAUUUCCCUGCAUCUCCACAGGCAUUUAUGGUUUUCCAAACGAGCCUGCUGCAGUCAUUGCCCUCAGCACCACUAAAGAAUGGCUGGCCAAGAAUCACCAUGAGGUGGAUCGGAUCAUCUUCUGUGUCUUCUUAGAAGUUGACUUCAAAAUCUACAAAAAGAAAAUGAGCGAGGUUUUCCCUGUUGAUGAUAAUCAUGAAGAAGAAGACAUUGAGAUGAAAGAAGAUUCAGAAGGGUUGGAGCCAAAAGGCCUCUCUCCACCCCAUGAGAAGAGCAAAGCAAAGAAGCCAGAAAGUUCAAAGGACUCUAGUGAGGAUGAGACUGGUCCAGAGGAAAAGCAAAGUGCAGAAGAAAUGGAAGGGCAGAGCCAAGAAGCAGAUGGAGUCAACACUGCCACUGUGCCCAGCCCCGCUUCGGAAGAGGCAGUGGAAGCCUGUAAAGAUGAAGAUUCUGCAAAGGAUGACAAUAUUACAAAAGACAAUGAAGCUACAGAUCAUUCUGUGUGUGACCAAGAUCAUCCCAAUGGACAAGAGAAUGAUUCAAUGAAGAAUGAAAUAAAAAUUGAAACAGAGUCCCAGAGCUCAUAUAUGGAAACAGAAGAACUUUCAUCAGACCGGGAAGAUGCUGCAAUUGUGGAUCAACCGCAAGUGAUUCCACUAACAGACGACCAAGAAGAAGAAGAAGAAGAAGAAGAGAAAGGCGAGGACACACUUAGAAUGUCUGGGAAAAGGGAAGGCUCCAGUGACAUGGAAAACACUACAGGUCCUGAUGUGGAAAUGAACAGUCAAGUUGACAGUGUAAAUGACCCAAUGGAGAGUCAGCAAGAAGGUCAACUAACAGGGACACAAGAUGAAGAAAAGGAGCAAAGGAAUGGAACUAAAUGACAACACUCGGCAUUUCAAGGCCUCUCCUGGCCCUGGGGGAGUUCGGGAAGAUAGCA